AUGGAUACAAAUGAUUUCUAAGCUUGCUUGAUUAAUAACUGUAGUGCAUUACAGCAAGAUUAAAGUUAUAGUCCUGAUCUGAUGAGUUGCUUGGAAAGUUAUGAUGAAUGCUAUGAUUUCGUAGGUGAUCUUACUAACUCUUGUAAUGUAAAUAAUUGCAUAGUUGAUUGCUUUGAUUUGUUUUCAUAGGACUCUUAAAAUUGCUAUAGUUAAUGCAUGACAGAGUAAAAACUAUUCAUUUAACAAUCCUGCGAUUCACAAAACUCAGAAAUGUAUUUUGUUGAUUCAAGCAACACUGAUAACACUGAUAGCAAUGCAAAUAAGACUAAUGGUAACAGUAACAGUAAUAAUAACAAUAAUAAUAAUAGCACUAAUUCAGUAAACUAGGACAAUUUUGGGAAACUAAGCUAGGCAGAUAGCGGAAAUUCUGAUUCUAACACUUCUCUUUGGAUAGCUAUAUACUGUUUGAUAGGCACAGUUAUUCUACUAAUUUUCUUGUUUUUAGCUUAUUUUAUAGUUAAGAAAAGAAAAAAUAACUCAAAAAUUAAUUCAAAACAUACAGAUUUAUAAUAACAUAAUAAUAAUCUAUAACAAUAAGAAUAGUAAUAUCAAUAAUAAAUCUUACCACCAAUUUAGUAAAUAGUAAUUGGUGUUCCUGCUUAAGAAAACUCAUUUUAAAUAUAAAAGCUACCAAACUAUGAAAUUAAUUCUCAUGAAACUAAGACAUUUGAUUAAAAUUAAUAAAUUAUAACUAAUUUGAAUAACUUGGUAAAAAAGGAACAAGGCGAUUCAAACAAAAGCGAAAUUUAUAUAAUAAAUAACUAAUUAUAAAAAUUGCCAGCAAGCACUGCAAUAAGUACUUAACUCGAUUAGCCAAAGGUAGAUGAAUUCUAAUAAGAAGAAUUAAAUAAUAAAAUGAAUGAUUAAGUUGAUAAUGCAAAUCAUAAUGCUAAUGAUGAAUAUAUUAUAAAUUUUGAUAAUGACGAAUUAGAUGGCUGA